AUGGCUUUACUCUCACCAACAGUCGGCAAAAUGAGAGCCGGUGGAGGAGCUAAACCGCCGACCGUUCCUUUACCUAAUCACACAAAGCCGCCAGUUGGGUUGAGUAUCAGUGAUCACGAUUGUUUGAGAACGCCGACGAUGAGCGACAUUUUGAAGACUCCGACGAUACUCGGCUCUCCGACAAAGUUGAAUAUGGGUGACGCAAUCACACCUCGACUCUCUCUAUCAGCGUUGGCGCCAAGUGUCGGCCAGGCAUUCUUCGGUGAUCACGAGCCUUUGUUAACUGCUAAUAUUGAGAUCUCAAUCCCAUCAACAGCCUCGUCUCUCGGUGCUUCAACGUCAUCUGCCUCGACGACAACCAGCACCUCAUCAACAAGUGAACAAAAGACAGAAAAGACGACUAUUCACUUUAAGGGUUGUAUCAGCACAAAUCUACCAGUCAACCUACCAGCAUUAGCAGCUCAGAAUUCACCAGCUUCAAUGUUUCAAUUCUCACCUCUUGUCGAGCAUUUCCUUCAAUCACUUACAAAAGGCUCAAACGGAUGUUUACCAGAGUUGAUUGUUGACACAAAAACCCCAACCGGCACCGAUUCACCAGAUUUAAUGAAGAGUAUGGAAAUCCCAUCGCAUCAUCUCUUCGGUGUCCCGCCAUCAAUAAGUGUCGACCCAUCCUCGCCAGACACUCCCUCACGCACUCUACAAGCUCCGCCAACUCCAGAACAACGUCGACGCCUCUCCCACACACAAUCGCUCAAUCAGCUACAAGGGGUUGUAAAAGUGUCUCAAAGUCAACUGCCUUCUUCAUCGACUUCUUCAAAACAAUCACAACCAUCUCCAAGUCAAGGAUCCGAUAUGGAACGACCCACUCGAGCAGCAACGACAGCGGCUUUGCGACAAAAAUUACAGCAAAACGCCUCUUGUCCAAUCAUGCCAGCUGCAUCGACUUCUCCAAAUACAGCACAGGCUCAAUUUGCUUGUUUUGCGACAAGUACAUGCUCCGAUCAACCACCAGAGAAAUCAACAGCAUUCGAUUACUCUGAUUUUGACGCUAAAUCGGAACUUGUCGGUUUUGAGCCAAAACCUGAACCUUUUGACGAUUAUUAUCCAAAUUCUAUUUAUGGAGAAGGAUCUCAAGAUUCCGAAUUUGGAGACUAUGACUAUACAGGAUCGGAUUUGGAGGGUGGACCGUCAAGGAAACGACCAUUUUCGUUAAGAUCCUCGAAAAUCCCCUUGCACGAGCGUCCAUAUAAAUGUCCUAGAGAUGAUUGCGAUCGGCGUUUCAGUCGGAGUGACGAGUUGACUCGACACAUCAGGAUACACACCGGACAGAAACCGUUUCAAUGUCGAAUUUGCAUGAGAGCCUUUUCUCGAUCCGAUCACCUCACGACUCACGUUCGAACGCAUACAGGCGAGAAACCGUUUUCCUGCGAUGUGUGCGGUCGGAAAUUCGCUCGGUCGGAUGAGAGAAAGAGGCACACAAAGGUGCACGCAAAAGGGAAAGGCAGGAGAUCGUCUCUAUCACCGACAGAUCCAAUGUCAAUGUAUGGAAGUGGUGGUCCCCCAUCAGCCGGCACAAAAAAGAUCGCAAGUGCUUGGUUUUGCCAGAAGAUGAGCGAUUACGCAUUGGUGCGUUCUCGGUCGGUGGUUUUGCCAAGAACCACAUCGACGGUGCUUGUUUCAAGCGAUUUCCACACUCCAUCGAUCCGUCGCUCCACCUCAGUGCCCGAUCUCACAGCCUACUAUCGCUAUUCGGAUAGAUAUCGUCCACAAUGGCACAGCGUUCGCUCGUAUCGAACCGCUCCAUCGAGAUAUUCUAGAGAUUACGAUCUCUAUGACAACUACUGGCUGAGCAGAACCGAUUACUGGCCAUAUACAAGCUCAUACUGGCCAAGCCGGCGCUACUUCUACUCAGACUACUAUAACUAUCCAUACACUUAUUCGUGGUACAAGAAUUAUCGAGACACACCAGCUCGUUCCUUUUGGUAUCCUUAUUCAAGCUAUUGGCAGAGAUACAAAACGUACGACAAUCCGACUCGCUACGAUCCCUACCCAAGCUAUUCGAGCUACUACAAUCGAUAUUCGGAUCCAAUCUACAGAAACUCUCUCCGUUCACCAUGGACUCCAUACAGCUCGUAUGUCUUGGACACAGCCGAGCGCUCAAUGAAAAGAGGCCUCACAAUGUACAAAGAAGGUCAAAUGAACUACAAUACUUUGUACAACUACUUUUUAACUCCAAAUUAUUGGGAUAAGCGGCAUAAGGAUUGGAGGGCUCUUUACAUCAACGAUGCCCCGUAUUUUCGCAACACUGCCACCGCCGAUCACGCUCGUCGCUACGUGGCCCAAUGGGUCAAC